AUGCAGAGGUCAAGCCGAAUAUUUCCACCUUCUUUGACUCUGCUCCUCUGUCUCUGUUUCGAAACUCGACAACGUCAAGCCUUUUCUUCAUCUCAGCUCCGCUCGAUCAGCUCCUCAAAAGCUAGAUCCACAGCUGAGAUCGACAGCAACAAGACAAGCUCUGCUCGGAGCAUCAGUAAAGACAGAGAUCCUCCUAGCAGCGACAAGACAGGUUCUCCUCAGGGCAUCAGCAAAGACACAGACACGGGUGUCACGACCUCGACCUCGACCUCGACCAAGGCGUCCGCGACAAGAGCAACACCGGCCGGUACGCUCCUCCUGUGCCAUAGCGCUCAGGCCAAACAAGAACUGACAGUAUGUGGCAGAGCCAGCAAGAUGAAGAUCCCAGCAAUCCUCCUUCUCAUCUUCGCUGCCGCCCUGGCCAUCUUUGGCCUUGAAACCGUGCCUGCACGGUCUAUUGGCGACGCGCCGUUGCUCUUGGUCCCCGCCUCCUCGGUUGCUGCUGUCUUGGUCUCUGGCUCUGGGUCCCUGGAUCCUUCAUUCGUCACCGCCCUACCAACUCUGCCGACCCUGCCAUUAUCGGUAACGGACGCUCCUGCGCCUCCGCCCUCAACAUCGGAAUCUGAUGAGCCAUCCGACCUGCCACCAGUAACUAUACUGGUGACGAUCAUCUCUCCGGUGUCGAUGUCGUCCGCCACAGCCACAGUCACGGUGGUUGAGUUUUCUGUGAGCUUGGUCACAGCGACGGUCACGACAACGCUAGUCACAACGCCGGUGGCUUCUGUCCCGGUAGUCACUUCGGUGACUAUUGUGACGACCACCACCACUGCCGCCAGCGCUGUGACCAGUAUGCUGUCGUCCACCGCUGCUACCUCGCUGUCCUCCCCUUCCCACCGCCACCAGAACCUCGCCGCCAUCCUAGCCGGCACUCUGGGUCCCCUCGCUCUGGUCACCGUUAUCGCGUGCACGGCCUGUUGGGUUGUCGUCCGCCGUCGUCACGCACGCAGUCGAGCUCACCCCUCGACUGUCCGCGAUAGUUGGUACGGCUACAACCAGGGCUGUUGUACGGCGUGUGGCGGUGGUGCCGGUGGCGAGGGGAACCCCUCUUCGUACACAACGGUGGAAUCACCGCUGUGGCAGUCGCGUGUGCGUGCUCGAGCCCCUCGUGCCGAUGUGGUCGAGGAGGAGGCUCGCACAAGUUGUGACACCAUACCGUUUCCGCCGUUUGUUGUUGACGAGGAGGAAGAGGAGCAGCAACGGCAGGAACAGCGGCAGGUCAUGGAGGGCGACAAGGAAGAGGGCUGGAGUGUUGCUGAUUAUAGCAGCACUAGGAGCGGUGGUGGCAGCGGCGGUGGCAGUGGCGGUGGCAGCGAGGUCGCGGUGUCAGAGACGGGCACCGUUGUUGUGCACCGGCCUGAGGCUGCUGUUGUUGCUGGUGGCGGUGAUGGUGAAAAGGGCCUGCGUCGUCGAGCCGGGUUGGAGAAUCUACGUAGUUAG